UACUUCAUUUUACUGCCGCACGAAGCAACAGCAGCAGCACUAGUUCCGAAUGAACAUAUGACAAGUGAGAUUCUAGUGGGAAAUUCGAAUUACUGCGGCGCCAAACAUUGGAUUCAUCGUCAAUGUUGGAUAAAGAGUUGUUUGCAGUUUCAUAAAACGAAACAAAGUUGAGAAAAUGAGCCGAUUUUCUCAGAAUACGCGCACAGCAUAUUGUCGUCAGCCAGUGCAACAUGUGCUGCUUGAUAUUGGCUAUCCCAUGACUCCUUUACAUAUAAAAACUACAAUAACUGCUCUACAGAAUGUAUUAACGUUGGCAUGCUCGCUGAGAGGAGGAAUUCGAAUUCCAGGUUUCGGCGUUUCUGUUAUAAAUAAAACAUUCGAACUUAUUUACUGGACAGAUGUAUUGAGAGGAAAUUUUUCGAAGGUAUUACCUGCCCUAAAUUCAGUAGAAAGCUAUGAGGUUUCAGUGCCCUUCUUGGAUCCAAGACUGCUAAUGAAUUCAUUGGCUUAUUUACACCUGCUAGAUGCUUUCCCAGAUUGAUGAUGAAAGUCCGAUGACUCGUCUGUUUAUUGGUAGCUUGCAUCAUCCAAAUUAUGUGUGCGUUUGUUACAUUUACAUCCAUUGUAUUGAAGAAAAUUACCAGUGGCCAGCACCAUGUUUUCCUGUUCAGACUAUAACAAACACUUCUUUUGAUACAGGGUGUCAGUGCCACCUUUUGUGCCACUGUUCAUUAUUAUAACUUCAGUCUUUUUUUGCAUGUGGUGGUGAUACUGUUGGUUGGUCAUGAAAAGGGCUAAGGAUUGUAGCAACUUGGUUGUUUUCAGGAACAUUUGAGGCUAUCAUCACAUCUGCUCGAAAACCAAAUAUUGUAGAGUGUACUUCACUUCCCACUUUCUUUAGGUGUAAUGA